GAGGGGCUGUACACAGGCUGUCUCAAGUAAGUACACAUUUGGGAUGGAGGGGCUGUACACAGGCUGUCUCAAGUGGAUCUCCAAGCACUUUGCAAAGGUUUGGCCGACCCAGACGUUUGCCAACUUACCCACCCAGCUGAUGCACAAGUGCUUCUCAGCCAUACAGGAGACCCUGACCAAUGAGAAUGCUGUUGCCAUGGCGAUAGAGAGUGACAAGCUGCAGUCGACCAUCCCGAGUGUGAAGUGGGCGGAGCCAGUGCGGGACCUGUCGGCCCAGCUGAGGGACACGUGCGUCACGUUUAUCGUGGGGAACUUCAGCGCCGUGGUCGACAACGGGACAUUCUGCACGCUGCUCAGGGGGAUGGGCUGGAAGGGGCAGUUUGUCUCCCAGGUGUUUUCUGCUGUGGUCGACAGCCUGACUCCAGACAACAGCUGCCGAACCUUCCUGUCCGUCAACAGGCUCAAGCAGCUGGCCAUGACGGAGGACUGGAACUCUUGCCAGCAGGUGUGCGGGCCGGCUGGUUUCAGUGUGGACAUGGUUGUGCAGGUGAACUUGACCCAUGAGCGUUGCUGGGGGUUCCUGGUGCAGAACGUGGCCUUGGUGCAGCACACAGCCGGCUGGAACCUCAUUCCCGCACACACCAAGGCCAAGGUCAAGGAAGGAUCACCUGCAGUGUUUGUGGAUGACCUUGGACACAUUCCCACCAAGAAGCCAAAACUCUCAAGUGCACAAAGGGCGAAGAAAGCCUCCAGCAGAGACCGACAAACUUCCAACAGACAGGCAGCAGCGAAGGCGGAAGGGACGGCUGCAAAAGGGACAAAAAUGAAGAAGUCGGGAAAUGCCCGGAGGUCUCCUUCAGGGAGAAAGUCUAGGCCGUCUGGCAGUGCGGCGGGGCCUAGUGGAGCAGCUGGGCCCAGCAUAGGGCCUAGUGGAGCAACAGGGCCUAGUGGUCCGGCGGGGCCUAGUGGUCGGGCGGGGCCCAGCACACCCAGCACACAGCCGGUGCUGAACGGAGUCCGGCAGAAGCCGGCAGGCAGGACCAAGAGGCCAGGCUCAGCCUCCCGCAGUGGCAAGAAGAGGAGCUCCUCUAAGACGAAGCGGCGAGACGUCUUGGACGGUGCGAGUCCCGCCGAUGGGGAGGAGCGGGAGGAGAAGGCAGACAGCAUGAAACAGGACGAGUCGUCCCGGCAACGGAGCCCCACCCGGAAACCGCGGGCCCCCUUCAUCAAGCAGACGCGCACGAGCAGCCUGCGGAGCAGCAGUGCGGGUUCCAACCCCGGCCGCCCGCGCAGCCGCUCCCGGGAGUCCUCGCUAACCCGCGUCUCCGCCUCAAGCUCCAAGUCUGACGACAUGGACGCCUCCAAGGCCAAGGUCACCUCCAAGAAGUCGCUGAAGAAGAAGAGGCUGUCUUCGCGGUCCCGAAGUCGAAGUCCUGCUGUGGUGAUUAAGGAGGGGGAGGGCGAGGUGUUGCCGGGAUACAUGCGGCCGCGCUCCCGCACGCGCAGCCCCCGCCCCGCAGGCUUCAGCGACAGAGACAUCAGGUCUUCUUCUUCUACGGACUCGGUCACCGAAGGAAAACCUCCGAAGAAGAAGAAAUCUCCCAAGAUCAAGCCGGACUCCCACCUGCUGUGCCCCACCCUGGCCUUCCAGCAGAAGUCCCGCUCCUUCGUCCUGUCCGAGGAUGAGAUGGAUGCAGCUGCAGCCAAGAAGAGUCCGCCGGCCAAACAGGUGCCCGGUCUGGAGGCUAAACAGGUGCCCGGUCUGGAGGCUAAACAGGUGCCCGGUCUGGAGGCCAAACAGGUGCCCGGUCUGGAGGCUAAACAGGUGCCCGGCCUGGAGGCCGGCCCCGCCAGGAAACCUGACGAGAGGGAAACGAGUCCCAUCAGGCAUCAUGUGGAAACUAGCCCUGCUAAGCACCGUGUGGAAAGUAGCCCUGCUAAGCACCGUGUGGACAGUAGCCCUGCUAAGCACCGCGUGGACAGUAGCCCUGCUAAGCACCGUGUGGACAGCAGCCCUGCUAGGCAGAUAGCCAAGGGGGAAACUAGCCCUGCUAAGCACCGUGUGGAAAGUAGCCCUGCUAGGCAGAAAGUCGGUGGGGAAACUAGCCCUGGUAAAAAGCCAGCUGGGGAAGCAAACCUAGGAAAGAAAUUAGCAAAUGCUGAUGGCAGUACAACAAAAAAGCCAGCGAGUCCUUCCAAAAAUCCAGCAAGCCCGAAAAAGAAACCAAAACCGUCAUCACGACAGAGUGUAUCGAAAAGGUCAAGUGCAGUGGAAAAUGUUGGGAAAGUGAAGUCACCAAAGGUCAGCAACAGAACACAAAAGGACGAUGAGAAAAACAUGCAGAAUGGGCAACGCGGUGCUGCAGUACCAACAGGGGAGACAGGGGGCGCUGAUACAGUAAUGCCAACAGAGGAAUUGGUUGUCUCAGAGAAGGCAGAGACUGAGGAGAGUGAGAAAGAAAUGGAGUCUGCUAGCAGAGAAAACCAGCAUAUGGUUAGUACAGAUAUCCACGGAGACCAGCAUAUGGUUACUGCAGAAAUCCAUGGGGGCCAGGAUACAGUUGGUACAGAAGCAGAUGAUAUGGUUAGUACAGCAGCAGAUGAGAUGCAGUUAUCUGACCAGACAGAACAUUCCAACCUGCAGAUGGUGGGUGCAGCUGUGGAGGCUGCUUCAGUGUCCCUGCCCAACUACCCACCUGUAGUACCUACUGUCCCACCUGUAGUACCUACUGCCCAACCCAUAGAGCCGACUGCCCCACCCAUAGAGCCGACUGCCCAACCCAUAGAGCCGACUGCCCCACCCUUAGAGCCCGCAGGCUUACCGAUCACCUCAGCUGUAGUACCAGAUGGAGAAGAGCUGCCCAACACCAGAACAGUGGACCAAGACUCCCCCCAUGUCAGACCUGCAGAGAGAGAAACUCCCGCCAAAAAGAAGACUUCUGCUCCCGAAACUGUAGGAGAGAGAAUAAGCAGGAAGGAGAAACCAGCAGCCAAUGGAAGCAGGUCGGCAAAACCGGGCACAGCUACCAAGAAGGAGAACAUCGCAAAGUCAAAAGUAGCACCUGCUCUUGGAAAAGUAGGAAUGAAAAAAUCGAGCAAAGAAAGCAAGGCCACUCCGUCCACAACAGCAAGGCAGGCAGAAACCAGAACAAGAAUGGCCGAAACCAGCAAGAAGGCAGAAAAAGGGAAAGGCAAAGAUGAGACCAAGACAAGUGGCAUGGCGUCAGGCUCAAGAUCAAAGGUCACCAGUGUAGAAACCAAGAUCAAAAUGUCUGUGUCCCAGAGAGACAAAGUCACCAUGGCAACUAGUAAACAAACAAACAAACAAGCUGUAGGAAAGAAAAGUGUCAAAGAGCAAGAAACAGUGACUAUUUGUGAAAAAAAUAAGGUAAUUGGGGAAACAACCGUAACUAUAGACCAGACAAAAACAUCCACCAAGACAACCACAACAAGGCACCAACUGCAGAUGGAGCUAAACCAGUCCCCAAAAAGGCAGACGGAUCUAAACCAGCCACCAAAAAGGCACCAACUGCAGAUGGAGCUAAACCAGUCCCCAAAAAGGCAGACGGAGCUAAACCAGCCACCAAAAAGGCGCCCGGUUCAGGCAGAGAGAAAGCUGUCACCACAAAGUGAGACUCCGGACAAACGAGUAGAAGCUGAAGAGGCUGGAAGACCUCCUUCCCCCCAGGCUAGCAUCAGCACUGAGGAGCUGGUCUGUGUGACAAGGAACCACGUGACUGUGGCAGGCCCAAUGGACUUCGCACCCGCACAGCACAUGGUGGAAUCUGUCGUAGGUGUAGAUGGAGAAUCUGCUGCCAGGAAAGAAAGCUUCACGCCUGCGAACGAUGUUCCUCCUGCUGAAAGUGAGGAUAUGAAGACUCCCAUCCAGCCAAACAGAGAAUCUAGUGAUGCAGACAAGACAGGUUCUGUUGUGGGACACCAAGUAGCAGGUGCAGAUUCUAACACUAACCAGGACAUUACGUUUGACUCACAACAAGAAGCAUUGAUUAUUGAAACAUUGCAUGAAUCUGCAUCAUUAGAGACAGACAUAUCUGCAGAAGAAACGGCUCAGAAAGCAGAGGAAACAGCACAGGCAGUAGAUGCAGACAUAUCUACGGAGAAAACAGCACAGAAAGCAGAGGAAACAGCAGUGGCAGCAGAGGCCCGCUCACCUGUGGCAGCAGAGGCCCGCUCACCUGUGGCAGCAGAGACCCGCUCACCUGUGGCAGCAGGGUCCCGCUCACCUGUGGCAGCAGAGGCCCGCUCACCUGUGGCAGCAGAGGCCCGCUCACCUGUGGCAGUAGAGGCCCGCUCACCUGUGGCAGCAGAGGCCCGCUCACCUGUGGCAGCAGAGACCCGCUCACCUGUGGCAGCAGGGUCCCGCUCACCUGUGGCAGCAGAGGCCCGCUCACCUGUGGCAGCAGAGGCCCGCUCACCUGUGGCAGCAGAGGCCCGCUCACCUGUGGCAGCAGAGGCCCUCUCACCUGACAGCUCACCUGCAGAAGAGGAGGAUGUUUUUGCUGAAGAUGCUGCUGAAGAUUCUGACCAAUCAAUAAAAGCCUUUCCUCCCUCCGAAUCGCCCCCCUCCCCACCCCCAACUCCUGUAUCUGACAGUGAAGAAGCUGAACGAGUCACAGCCCUGCCCCCGGUAUCUGUGGACGCUGCAGUCAGCCUACUAGAGGCAGAGCUACUACAGGACACUGAAGUUGCAGAGUUAGUACAUGAGACUCGGACUGCAGAGUUAGUACAGGACACUCCGACUGCAGAGUUAGUACAGGACACUCAGACUGCAGAGUUAGUACAUGAGACUCAGACUGCAGAGUUAGUGCAGGGCACUCAGUCUGUAGAGAUAGUACAUGAGACUCAGUCUGCAGAGUUAGUACAGGACACCCAGACUGCAGAGUUAGUACAGGGCACUCAGACUGCAGAGUUAGUACAGGACACUCAGUCUGCAGAGUUAGUACAGGGCACUCAGUCUGCAGAGUUAGUACAGGGCACUCAGUCUGCAGAGUUAGUACAGGGCACUCAGUCUGCAGAGUUAGUACAGGGCACUCAGCCUGCAGAGUUAGUACAUGAGACUCAGGCUGCAGAGUUGGUACAGGACACUCAGGCUGCAGACUUGCAGAAUGACGUAUCUGGGGCAGAAGAAGAAAACAAGCAAAUGGAAAGUGCUGAAAUGACUUGCGACAUUUGA